AUGGAGCCCAAACAGAUGCAAGAGCCCCUGCAGGAGCUCCCCACAGAGGAGUCCCUGACUGAGGACUCAGGCCUAGAGGGGGCUCCCAGCAAGCAUGUCCUCUACGUGGGCCACCUGAACCCCCAGUUCUCGGUGCCGGUGCUCACCUGCCUGCUCCGAGACACCCUGGAGCGGCUGGAGCUGCCGGUGUCACGGGAGCACAUCGAGGUGGUGAGGCGGCCCCGGAAGGCCUAUGCUCUGGUGCAGGUGGUCACCCACGAGGACACCCUGGCCUCCCUCCCCUGGCGCCUGCAAACAGCUUUGGAGGAGCACCAGAUCAUCAAGGAGCUGGUGGCCCGUGGGAAGGAGCUGGUGCUGGGAGAAGGCCGGGGCCCCACAAGCCACAGAGAGGUGAUCCGCCUGAGCGUGCACACCCCCAAGGCCCAGGCCGAGCCGCAGCUCUAUGAGACGGACCAGGGGGAGGUGUUCCUGCGGCGGGACGGGAGCAUCCAGGGCCCGCUGCCCGGCCACGCCAUCCAGGAGUGGUGCAGACAGAAGUGGGCAGCGGAGCUGAGCAAGCUGGAGGAGAGGGUGAAGGUGUUGACGGUGGAGAAGGAGCAGCUCCAGCAGCAGCUGCAGCAGCACAGGCCCGGCUCCUGCACCUGCUGCGUCCUGUGA